UCGGGGUGACUUGUUCUUCUUCCACUCCCGUGUUACUUCUGUUGUCACACACUCGCGUAACCUCCGUAACGCUAGUGUAUGCUGCGUGACGCUGGCAUAUACUGUGACGCUUGUAUAGCUGUGUGACGCCUGAUUAUGCUAUGACACCCGUGUAAACUGUGUAAUGAUUAUGUAUGCUAUGUGACGCUCACAUAUGACGCUAUUUUAGACUGUGUGACGCUACUGUAAUCUAAACUGCGUGAUGCUGGUUCAUCAAGUGUGACGUUAACUUAUGACGUGUGACGCUACCUAUAGAAUGUAACGCUACAAUACAAUCUUGACGUUGCCAUAUAUGAUUGCGUGACGCGAUAUUACAGCUUGUUACUUAUCGUAACACUGUGCAGUACCCUGUGACGCUACGUAACACUGUAACAAUGCAUGACGCUGUAAAACAGCGUAACAUUGUCCAAUAGUACGUAACGUCUCACACUGUGCUGUCUAGUAUUGCGUGAUACAUCGUUAGACAGCACGUGUGACGCUGUCACAUAAUAUGUGACGCAGUUCAAAAGUGUGUGACGCUAAACAAGUGUGUGACGCUAAACAACAGUGUGUGACGCUAAACAACAGUGUGUGACGCUAAACAACAGUGUGUGUGACGGGAACCGACGGUACGUGGCGCUGUUCAUUAGCCUAUGACGCCGUCCAGGGAUGUACGGCGCCGUCUGCCCUCGUUGUUAUAAGCGGCCUUAACAAAUAUCCGUAGAGAGGAGGACGGCCAUAAUGCAUAAACCACCCAGACUGGUUCUGUGGUUCGUGAAGGCAGGGAACCAGCAGUUCAUACUACAAUUACAUAUCCUGCACCAGCAUUGUACAGUGGACAACACCCUCACCUGCUGGUUUUAAGACUGGCUUGCCAUGGAUUCCAGUCCCACUCAUUCUAUGACCAACGUGAGCCAGAGGGUGGAGAAUGUUGAGGGUGACGUGGGCGUGAACAUGGAGGUGGUGGGCGUGGGACGUGAGGGCGUGGUGGAGAGCAUGGUGGAGAGGACUGUGAGUUCUGAUAUACAAUACAUGGGAAAUAUCGCCUACAGUUUGGUAGCUCCUCUUAUCAUCUCCUUCGGUAUCUUUACCAACGUGUUGAACCUGGUGGUCCUGACCAGGCCUACCCUCCGGGGACCUACUUUCAGGUACCUCAAAUGGUUAGCAGUGGCUAACCUGUUGGUAUGUGUGGUACUGCUACCCUUCACGCUACACUCCCAUGCUACCCCAGUACCCUACCCAGCUGCCAUCUACUUCGCUCACGUCGAGGUACCAUUGGGUAACGCGUUGAUAGCCUCUAGUGUGUACAUCGUAGUGGGCCUCAGCAUCGACAGAUUCGUGGCAGUGUGUUACCCAAGGAAAUACCGUAACCUACACAGCCACUACGUUGCCUCUCUCAGGAUCGCUCUAUCCUUCGUCAUGGCCUUCAUUAUGUACAUUCCCAUGGCGUUCCACAGGGUGGUGAUCCCUGCUGCUACUGCCUACCCCGGCAGAUACCUCAUUGAGGAGAACUUACAGGUGGUCUCUGCCAGAUGGUUUCUGGUCUACGAGUACCUGCUGGAGAUCUGUGUCAGGUUUGCCCCGGCGAUCCUUCUAGCAGUGUUGAACACCUGGAUCAUCGUCGAGUUCAAGCGGAUCAGCCGACGGCGUCAGCUGUUGUCUAGGGGCUUGAACUGCGAGGUGUCAGCCAUACCCUCACAGUCAUAUUUUGAUGGUAACCUCAUCAGCACUGUGGUGAAUCACUCUCCUGUUAUCAGCCGGGGAGAACCCCACCCGUCUGCCACAAAAGCUUUCAACAGUGUUAUUACUAAUAUUGGAACCAUAAACAGUGUAGGAACUACCAGUGCUCUCAAAAACACCAGAUCUGUUUCUGAUAUUGAGACUAUAAACAUUACUUCCCCCAGUAUAGGUACUCUCAAUGUUGCCAGUAACACCAGUGUCUUUACUUAUGCUUCCCAUAAUGCUACUUCUGAUACUGGAGCCAAAAAUAUUACGUUCUCUAGCUUACAAACUACCAACACUAUCCCUGGUAUGUGUACAGUGACAACACCAAGCACUGGUAUGUGUACAGUGACAACACCAAGCACUGGUAUGUGUACAGUGACAACACCAAGCACUGGUAUGUGUACAGUGACAACACCAAGCACUGGUAUGUGUACAGUGACAACACCAAGCACUGGUAUGUGUACAGUGACAACACCAAGCACUGGUAUGUGUACAGUGACAACACCAAGCACUGGUAUGUGUACAGUGACAACACCAAGCACUGGAUGUGUACAGUGGAACACACCAAGCACUGGUAUGUGUACAGUGACAACAUCAAGCACCACUGACACAUAUACAGUGACUUCCUUCACUGAAAUAUCCUCCUUAAGCCAAGAGAGCCGGAUGGGACGCUCUCUCAGCUCCAGCAAUGGCCGCCUCAGCUGGACAAAUAUUAUGGGUGAUAAGGUCCCAUACCAUGACAGUGCGUAUAAGUCGCUACAGAAUAGACAUGGGGAUAUGUCCCCAGAUCAAGGAAAUGGGGAUAUGUCCCCAGAUCAAGGAAAUGGGGAUAAAUCAGCAGUUAGUGAUGGGAAGAGAACAAGAACAAGGAAUUCGGAAGGCUGGUGUACCUCGACCAGCAGAGAGAGAGUUGAGUUCAUUAGUCUAUCCACCAUCAAUCUAUCAGUUGAAGGAGAAGGUGUGGCUGGAGGUGUGGCUGGAGGUGUGGCUGGUGGUGUGGCUGGAGGUGCACCUUCACGAGGUAUGAGUGAACGACGCCACGACACGGAGAGACGACUGGUUCUCCUCUUGGUCUCCAUCAUCGUGGCGUUCUUCGUCACCAACAUUCCGGCAGCCGUUCUCUCCCUGACCUUCAGCGAUGACAAGAGGAACGACCUCAACUACCAGAUCUUCCGCGCUGUGGCCAACAAUUUGGAGUUCCUCAACUUUGGCCUCAACUUCGUCUUGUAUUUCCUCUUCAGCAAGGAUAUCCGCAAUGCCUUCAUGGCACUUCUUCGGCAGACGGUUGGGAGCUUCAAGAAGCGCCUUGGAAGAGCUGGCAUGAAGUAUUCUGCUGAUUUAUGAUGCUCUGGGUGUGUUGCAGUUGCUGAUACAGUGAUCAGCAGCUGCAGUCUGCAGCCUCUGGUACUGCGGGCCAGCACUGCUGCUAGGCCUACGGUUGCUGCUAGGUCCACAGCUGAUCCUGGGUCCACGUGUUCUGCCAUGUUUAUGGCUGCUGCCGGGACCACGGUUGCUGCCGGGUCCACGGUUGCUGCCGGGUCCACGGUUGCUGCCGGGUCCACGGUUGGUGCCGGUCCACGGUUGCAGCUGAGUCCAUGCAUUAUGUUGGGUUCAUGCAUGUUGUUGGGUCCGUGCUUGCUGUUGGGUCCGUGCUUGCUGGUGGCUUCAUGGUUACUACGUAGAGCCAAGAGCUAGAUUUAUCACUGUGGUUGUUGGUGGUGGGGAAGAGAGGUAUAAAAACCAGCAGGUGUGGUUGCAGUUAGGGCCGGAUUAAGGCAAGAGUUUUUGGGGCUGUAGCCCAGGGGCCUCCACCAGCUGGAAGGCCUCCAGGGGCUGCAACCCUGGGGCCUCCACCUGCUAGAAGGCGUCCAGGGGCUGCAACCCUGGGGCCUCCACCAGCUGGAAGGCGUCCAGGGGCUGCAACCUUGGGGCCUCCACCAGCUGAAGGCUUCCAGGGGCUGCAACCUUGGGGCCUCCACCAGCUGGAAGGCCUCCAGGGGCUGCAACCUUGGGGCCUCCAGGGGCUGCAACCCUAGGGCCUCCACCAGCUGGAGGACCUCCAGAGAUUAAGUAAAAAGUAUUCACAGUAACUGCUGAAGGAUUAUAAUUAGUGUGUUAUUACAUCACGUAUAUGAUGGACUGUUGACUGUUGUGGUAAUUUUUUCCUUUUGAAAAUAUCACUGACAGCCUCACAGUACCUGUAGCCCAGGGGUCUCACAGUACCUGUAGCCCAGGGGCCUCACAGUACCUGUAGCCCAGG